GACAGGCAGAAGCAGAGAAGCUUCAAAAACAAAUGACUAAGCUGCAGGUGAACAAGGAAGAGGAUGACAAGAUGAGGACAAAUGUAGCAAAUGUUGCUGCUAGUGCUGCUGUUGGGGGAGACGACAUGCUCUCAAAGUGGCAACCUAUGGCCGAGCAAGCCAGGCAGAAACGUGAAGGCGUGGACACGUCAUCUGGUUCUCAACCAGCUAAAGAUGUAGGUCGCAAAUCUUCUGCAUCUGGGAAAAGUACUAAAGAUAAUCACGAAGGGGACAAAAAAGGUUCUACUAAUUUUACAACUUCAGGUGAGUUUUCUCUUAAACCGUUUUUUUCUGUCAUUUCAGUUGUCAAAUAAUUCAACUGCAAGAUGGAUGUAAACUUUAGAUAUAAUAUUAAGUAUUC